AUGUUAAAAUUAUUCAAAGAUAUUAAUUUUAAAACUCCAAAGAUUAAAAAAGAGUUACAGCGACUAGUAGGAUUUAUUAACAAGUUUAAAGAUUUUAUUCCCAACCUAUCCUCUAGAAUUACUUGCCUUACACGUAUGACUAGAAAAAAUUACAUAUUUAAAUGGUCAGACAAAUGUCAAAAAAGUGUAGAAAAAAUCUUUUAUGGUUUAAAAAAGGAAAGUAAACUAUUUAAUCCAGAUCACACAAAAAUUUUUGGUAUUUUUACAGAUGCAAGUGACACUGGUAUUGGAGCUGUCCUUGUUCAAAAUUCUAAACUCAUCGGCGUCUUUAGUAGAAAACUUUCUUUUACCCAAAUGAUUUAUUGUGACUGA